AGCUAAUAAAAAGAUUUAGCAGCGCAAAAACUGUAUUGGAAUGUAUCGGUAAAACAGAUGACAAAAGGAAGAGAAGAUAAACUGGUGCAGCAAGUUCAGCUAGAAAGAACACUUGUCCCCCGAGCUUCCCCCUCUUGGUAUUGCACCUUCCUCGCGCUAAGCGAGCUACGUAACCUCUGCUGACUUAUUUAUCAAUACAGCUAGCGUAGUCUUUCAGCGAGCGUUGAAUUAAAAACGCCGAAUUAAAGUACACGGGCAAACGAGAUUCGCGUCAACGUACACAAUGUCCAUACUUGCGAGGCGAAUAUUUUCAUCCAGCCCCUCGAGGGAAUGGCAGUGUUUGCGACCUGUCGUCCGUAAUACCUGUCUUCGACGGUGUCGGCUGUCAACUCAAUUUCAACAGAGUCCAGAGGAACCCGAAAGAAAAGAGGUCGCGGCGUUAGAUCCGUUGACACAUCCGGAUUUCUUCCAAGUGCACAAGCUGUUCACCGUGAAGGACCUGUACGACGCGAGGGUGCACUACGGCCACAAGGAGACCGCACUGAACGAGCAUAUGGAGACCUUUGUGUUCGGCUCCAGGCUGGGACACUUGAUAAUCGACCUGGACCAAACGGCGGAAUUGUUGAGACAGGCGUUAAACUUCGCCGCCCAUAUCGCCUUCCGCGGCGGCAUUAUUUUGUUCAUCUCGCGCAAUCCUCAGGUCACGCAUUUAGUGGACAAAACGGCGAGGGAGUGUAAAGAAUUUUCGCAUACGAGAUACUGGCGGCUCGGGUUGUUCCCGAAUUCGCAGAAUCAGUUCAAGGCGACCACGCGACUGCCGGACCUGUGUAUCUUUCUCAAUACCCUCGACACCGUCAUGUCCGAGCACGUGGCGGUGAGACACGCGGCGAAGAUGUGCAUACCCAGCAUCGGCAUAGUGGACACAAACUGCAAUCCGAAUCUUAUAACGUACCCCGUGCCAGGAAACGACGACUCCCUGUGCGCCAUCGAGCUCUACUGUUCGUUGUUCAAAGAAGCUAUUCUGAGAGGGAAAAAAACGAGAGAGCGGCUGAUUCAAUCCGCGGAGUCAACAUAAAUUCGACAAGUAAUUUCAUGGCUGAGCAAAUAUGUAUGAAAGUUCAUUUAAAAGAUGUAGCAAAGUAAAAUAUACUCGUUUCUUUAAUCGAA